UUGAAAUUGACAUGUAUACAAUGUAUCGCUGAAAUUAUGAACAUCAUUGUAAUCAAAAGAGACAAGAACUGCCCAUCAUGUUACACUUAAUAUGGUUGGGUAUGACAAAUAUGAUUCCAUGACGUCUCAAGAAAAGUUGAUAGCUGGAUGUCUAUCAGGAGUGAUGACAAAAUGUAUAACGCAGCCAAUGGACGUGAUCAAACUCAGGUCUCAAUUGCUCAGGAAACCGAAACAGAAAAACGUGACGUACAGAGUAGCGAGGAGGAUAUUUUGGGAGGAGGGCAUCACUGCCUUCUGGCACGGCCACCUAUUGGGGCAGGUCCAUUCGGUGUUAUCAGUAAGCAGUCAAUUCUUCGUGUAUGAGCUCACCACAAAAUGGUUCUCCGCAUUUGAUGUAUCAGAUACAAUAAAACCUGUCAGCAAUUUUAUAUGCGGCACCAUUGCUGGUUGCGUACAAACCACCCUGGUGAUACCUUUAGAAGUAAUUCGGGUGCGACAGAUGGUAGUCAAAGAUCAGUAUCGUAGUGUAUUUAAGGGAGCACAAGCAGUUUAUAGAUAUGGAGGAAUCACUGCUUUCUAUGAAGGUCUGAGUGCUUCAAUAUUGCAGAUGGGACCUCAAGCGGGGAUUUCGUUUGCAGUAUUUAGUUUCAUGCAGCCUCUUCUUCUUAGUCUGUUCGCUGUCUGCCCUCCCGAGGAAUGCAGUGGCAACAAGCAUAGACCUCAGAACAUUGUAAUGGCUAGUACUUUGGCUGCUUCCACCGCUGGCUUCAUCUCCAAGUCGGUCACAUAUCCAUUGGAUUUAGUUAAACGAAGAUUGCAGUUUUCUACUCACAAGCCAAACGAAAAAUACAAAACGCCGACUCAAGCUAAGCACUUGAUCAGAUGCAAUCAUAUAUUUAAAUGCCUCAAGUAUGCGUAUAAAAAAGAAGGUUUGAAAGGCCUCUUUAGGGGAUGGACAGUAACCGUUUACAAAGCCCAAAUGACCAGUAUAUUUGCGUUCACGUCAUACGAAAUAAUUUGUUUCACGUUCAGAGAGUUCAAAUCAAUAAGCGUAAAUAAAUAAGAAAUCUUGUGUUUUUAAUUUUUUAAGAGGCGGCCCGCUAUCCUCCUUGUUUAUCGGCUAUCGGAAAAACGGUCGUGUGUCAUUGUCAUAGCCUAAUUUUAUAGACUGUAAGAUCUUCUUGUACGGUCUUCAAUUCAUGAAAUAUGAUUUUAUUACAACUUACAUGAGACAUACUAAAUUAAUUAUUAUGUUCGACUAGUUUCAAGUCAGAAGCAGCGCGACAAUCGUCGCGUCGUGGGUCGCGGAACGCUGCUCAUGAAUAUGAGCCUCUAGCAUGGCUUAAAACUCGAUCAAACAAUUACGUGAAUAAGCCGAUAAUAUUAUAAUAAUUAAUGAAAUGUAGAAAAAAAAUAUGAAUAAUGAAAUAUGAUUUUUUAAAUUAAUGAUACAUAUUUUACGGCUUAGUCGCGUUUGUUUGACUAGAAACUCAACUGGUUUCAAACCAUACUAGAGGCUUAUAUUGAUGAGCAGCAUUCCGCGUCACAUGAUUUUACUAGGUUUCCGCCCAGCUUCGCACGUGCUUUAAGG